UAUACUAGCAGCAGAAGAAGCAAAAGCUAAGUGAAAUUCUAAUUAAGUAGAGAAGAAGCUAAGGCUGAAGAAUUAAUGGGGAAUCAUACAUGCUGCAACAAGCAGAAGGUUAAAAGAGGUUUAUGGUCUCCUGAAGAAGAUGAAAAGCUCAUCAGCUACAUUACCACUUAUGGCCAUGGUUGCUGGAGUUCUGUCCCUAGACUUGCUGGAUUGCAGAGGUGUGGAAAGAGUUGCAGAUUAAGAUGGAUAAAUUAUUUGAGACCAGACUUAAAACGUGGGAGCUUCUCUCCUCAAGAAGCUACUCUCAUCAUUGAUCUCCACAGAAUUUUAGGAAACAGAUGGUCUCAAAUUGCUAAGUAUCUACCAGGAAGAACAGAUAAUGAAGUGAAGAAUUUUUGGAAUUCAAGCAUUAAGAAAAAGCUUCUUUCUCACGUUGCUGUCGCGGUGUCUACCACCACCCCUAAUAUUAUCUCCAAUGAUUUUCACCUUAAUUAUCUUCCUAAUACCACUUCUUCAAAUAAUUUCUUAAGUCAUGAUCAUGAUUUUGGAGGACUAACCACUUUUUCUCCUUCACUUAAUAAUUCCAUUAAUGAUAUGAUCUUUACAUCCCAACAAGACUAUGAUCACCAAAUCUCUAAUGUUAAUCAAUUUAGUCCACGGAUUUCCGGUAUCCAAACCUUUGAUCAUCCUAGUGAGGUGAUACUUAAUCAUUAUUUCAUCCCUCAUAAUGAUUUGGAUAAUAUGGUUCCACCACUUACUACUUCUUAUGAUCAAUUAUUGUCAUCAUCUUCGUCAUCUUCAAGCUUUCAACAUUUGCUUAAUGAAGUUGGGAUUAUUAGUGAUCAUCAUGUAAAUGAUCACCCAUUUUCAUGUCCACAAUCAUCAUCAGUUUAUAAUCCAUCAUCAUCCAUCGAUGAUGAUCAGGCAAUUAUGAUGAGUAGGAUGAAGUUAAAGAAGAUGAUGUUGAUGAUGGGAGUUCCAACCAUGCCAAAACUAGAAACUAUCACAUCGUUCGAGGAAGAGGUUUGUAAUAACAUACCAUCCUCAUUAACAUCUCAUCAUGACAGCUACAAUGAUGUUUCUAAGUCAUCACCACUUGUUGUGUCAUCAUGUAUGUCAAGCAACCAAGUGAUGGAGUACUAUGAUAUUGAUGAUAAUCAUGUCAUCAUACCAUCACUACCAUCAUCCUCAUCAUCGUCGUCAUCGCCGCCACUACCACGACCAUCAUUAUCAUCAUCAUCACUAGGACCAGCAGCAGCAGCAACAACAGCCUUGCCAUGUGGUGGGAGCCAAGUUCUGAUAAACCCUAGUUCUAGCUGCUGGAAUGCCUGAUUAUAGUAAACUUAGGCUUUUAUAACAUUUAUAUCUUGGUCCUCUAUAUAUGUAAAUGUGGUUAUUGGAUUAUAUGAAUAAAUCAUCCUUCAUAUACAUAGUAUGUCAUUGAAUACAAUGUAUUUGCUGGUUUUUUCUAAUUAAAGUUUCCAUCAGAAGAAAACCUAAA